AUUUAAAAUUGGUAGAAUAAGAGGAGAAGUAGGGAGAAAAACCCGGAACAUCGUCAACCCGAGUACCGAGUUGACUCGGAGCGGCGAAGUUAAAGAAAGCCACAUUCCCGUUGAGCUUAACCAAGCAUUUGCAGACACAACAAAACAAAAUCAUAUGCAGAAACAUGAACAGAGCAACAAAAGCUGUGAUUUCCAGCAUUCAGGCCACCCAAUACAACCUUAAAUCGACUGCCCUCUUUCACUCCACUCCUGUUCUUCAACGCAAAAGACGUUCUAGCCCCUGGGACACCAGGGGAAGUGCUUCUAAGGGUUCUACAAGGCGAGCUAAAUACUACAGAUAUUCAGGAAAACAGAACCGUAAAGAAGAAUUGCUGCGCAAUGUUAGUGCUUUCGCAGAAAAUCUUUUUCAGGGCUUGAACUAUGAUUAUGAAGAAUAUGAACGUGAACCAUCUUCAAGUCGUGGCAGGACCUGGUUUAGACCAGAUUUCAGGGAUAAGGGAUCCAAAGCUGGUGGGUCUAAUUAUAAGGGACCCCGAUCUGGGCGUAGAAGGGGUUUUCAGUUCUGUGAAGAUGAUGAUGAUGUUGAAAACCUUUUCCAGUCUGCAUUUGGUGGAAAUAAACAUUACUUUUGGUCUUUCAUGAGUGAUGAACCUCCUCGGAGCUCAUCAGGAUACAGUUAUAACAGUAGGUACUCUUCGAGAUGGAAGUGGACUCAUGAAGAGGAUUAUGAUACUGAUGCUGACAGGUCAGAGUCAGAGUCAAAUUCAACUUCAGAUAGGAAGACACUUGGGUUGAGUGCUACUGGUCCUUUAAAUGCGGAUGAUGUUAAAAUUGCAUAUCGAAAAUGCGCAAUGAAAUGGCAUCCUGAUCGUCACCAGGGCUCAUCAAAAGCUGUGGCGGAGGAGAAGUUUAAGGUCUGCAGUGCUGCUUAUCAAUCAUUAUGUGACAAAUUGGCCUUAAAUUGAUAUUCCCAAUAGUCGAUCUCCUUACUAAAGCAGACUGAUAUGAUCUCAAUUCUCAUGAUUAGGUUUAAUCAAUGACCAUAGGUAUGUACUUGGCCCGAAUUUUUUGUUGAAUGAUCUUCAGAUUUCAUGAAAGCUUGAAAGUUCAAGGAAUCUCUGGCUGAAGAUAUGCUAUAAACUGCGAGGUUGUACACAGAGCAGUAUUUGUAAUGUAACUUGGAUAUUUAUUUAUUUUAAAUAAUAUUUUUAAUUUAUCAUA